AAAUGACACGCACUCGUUCUCCAGCAUGGCGGCGUCAGGUAAAAAUAAGACUAAGAAGAAGGGUAAGACUCUUACCCUGACUGACUUUUUAGCUGAGGACAGUGGGGGAAAUGCUCCACCGACCUAUGCGCCUACAAAGCCCACUAGCUGGGCGGAUGAGACUGAUGACUUGGAGGGAGACGUUACUACGUCUUGGCACACAGAAGACGACGUGUAUCGUGCACCGCCCAUCGAUCGGUCCAUUUUGCCGACGGCUCCACGUGCUGCCCGCGAGCCCAACAUCGAUCGCUCCCGGCUGCCCCGCAGCCCGCCCUACACCGCCUUCCUGGGCAACCUCCCCUAUGACGUCACGGAGGACUCCAUCAAAGACUUCUUUCGUGGGCUGAAUAUGAGUGCGGUUCGCCUCCCAAGGGAGCCCAGUAACCCAGAACGGUUGAAAGGCUUCGGCUAUGCGGAGUUUGAUGAUGUGGACUCUCUGCUGCGUGCACUUAGCCUCAAUGAAGAGAACCUUGGGAAUCGUAGGAUCCGUGUAGACAUUGCUGACCAGUCCGGUGAUAAAGAGAGAGAUGAGCGCUCCAUGUCAGGGAGAGAACGUAACCGCAGUGACCGCGACAUGGGCCCAGAUAAGACGGAUUCUGACUGGCGAGCGAGGCCUAAAACUGACGUAGACGACGGACCACGCAGAGAUGACGCCUUUGGAGAGCGAUCCAGAGAUCGCGAUCGUUAUGAUUCAGAUCGGUACCGGGAUGGCCAGCGGUGGGACGGUGGAAGCGAUCGCUAUGAUGGAGGGAGAGAGAGAUACCGGGAACGUUAUGACGAAAGAGACCGCAGGGACUACGACAGAGGCUACGAUUCUCGCAGUGGGGGUCGCCGGCCAUUCGGAAGCGGUUUCCGCCGUGACUAUGGCGACGACCGCCGGGACGAUAACCGUGGCAGCGGCGACCGCUACGGAGAUCGAUACGGCGACCGCGAAGACAGAUACGAGAGGCGGGAUGAGAGGCGCGAGGACAGAGGUUCCCUGCAGAGGCCCAAGCUGAACCUGAAGCCCCGCAGCGUUCCCAAAGAGGAAGACCAGAGCAGCGGUCCGCCAGCGCCGUCAGGGCGAGCCGCCUCUAUCUUCGGGGGAGCCAAACCGGUGGACACGGCAGCUAAAGAAAGAGAGGUGGAGGAGAGGUUAAAGAAAGAACAGGAGAGACUGCAGAGACAGCUGGAGGAGGAGAAGAGCAGGGCACCUGAACGCAAGCCCAGGGAGAGGCAUCCGAGCUGGCGAAGUGAGGACCAGGGAGCCGAGCGCUCACGAACAGGAAGUGAGUCAUCACAACAAGGAAGCACAUCAAGCAGGGGGCCUAGACGUCGGGAAAGUGAGCGCUCUGUGGAAAACGAGGUUUUCAGUAGCCGUGAUGAGGAAGCAACCUCCCAUGGAAACCAAACCACCUCUAAGCAGGAAGGCCUGCCAUUUCAAGUCGUUCUAGCUCCUCCGCCAAAAGAAAACGUUUGGGCGAAGAGAAGCGCCAUGAGCACGGGAUCCAGUGAGAGUGACACUAAACCUAUCGUCUCACCCAAAAGCUCGACAAGCUCAGCUGAUGUUCAUCAGAAGAGCAAAGAUGAAAACAAAUCAGAUGGGGUUCGCCGAGAUCGGGGUCCCUCUCGGGGUCGUGGUGGGGCCUCGGGCUCUGGAGCAGGCAGGGGACGUGGAGACGCGGCCAGCCGAGACCGACGGAAGGAAACUGACAGAAGGGAUGUGAAAAGAGAACAAGAUCUCAAAUCAGCACCAGAGCCAAAGAAAUGUGAGGAGCCUCCGAAUCAUAAAUUUAGCUCAGCCAGUAAAUACGCAGCCUUGCUGAUGGAUGGCGAGCAGGGAGACGAUGAAGAUGGCGGAGAUUAAGAGGAACUGCACUGGCAAUGGUCCAACCUGAAUUACAAAAUUAAACCUACAGCUUUUGUUUCAUGCAGCACUGAAGGACCGGGUUCUGUCCUGUCAGGGAAAAAAAACAUUUUUGAAGCUCCUUCUUCAUCAGAACCGUAUUAAACUAGUGGGAAUAUACAGGACUUGUUUUAAAGUAAGAGAAUGUGGAACGUUAGAUAAAUGAUUAUAACUAAUUACUUAAUGGGGAUAUUAAAAAAAUACACGUUGACAGGAUUGAAUUGCUGCUGCUCGCGUACAUCACAAACUGAGUGCAUCUCUAGCUUGGUUGGCUUGUUGAGCGGCUGCAAUAUGUAGACUCGAGGGGAAAUGAGACACAAAUCAAAUGCUUUUCCCCAACGUUUAGGGCUUCUCGAAAGAUCGUUUACAGCAGCUGUGACCUGCAUUGUUCGCCCAGCGUUAAUAAAUCACACAAACUCAGUUUUUACGUCUUAAACUCUUGUUGGCUGACAAGUCGGAUUGUUUGUAUUCAGCGAUAACCGCCGCUGAAUAACAGCCGGCAAACGAAUCUGAACCGGAUAGAUACAGUUUGAUUUUUCUUUGAACUGCUUUAGAUAUCCUCUCACUUAUGCGUUGAGGAUUUUUUUUUGAAAGCCACCCUUUGGACUGAUGUGCAAUAGGAAUGAAGUAUUCCUCUGAAUCUCAAUGUGUCAACGACAGAGACUGCUGCAGCUUCAGGUUGAGCAUAUAUCUAAAGGUAGUGACAUGAAUGCUUACUGAUUCAAACUGUGUACCAUCUGAAAAAUAAUAAAAGACUACACUGAGUCUG